AUGUCUCCGCCUCCAGAUCUCGUAGAGCUAGCCCGGACCGUCUCCGACUCAGCCGCGCAAAUGAGCCAAUUUCUACAGGAGAAGAAAUAUGGUGAUCUCUCCUUCACAGGCCAGGGAGAGGGCCUUCCUCCAAUGGCACCCGAAAAUGCCCCCUUUCACAAGUCCCGGAUCGCCCUCAUGGAGGCAGCGUCCACACUCCUACAAUUAUGCAUGUGUCCCCGGCAAUCUGUCAUCUCACUGUGCUCCGAGUUCCACACAUCGUCGGCGGUCCGCAUUGCAUAUAACUACAGAUUUGCACACGCAGUGCCUAUCAACGGGACCGCCACAUAUGCGGAAAUUGCCGAAAAGGUAGGACUGGAUCGCACGCUGGUCGAACGCGCGAUCGGCGCCUUGAUGGGCCGCAGAAUCUUCUGUCAGCCGUCGCCCGGGGUCGUGGCCCACACCCGUCUCUCGCAUAUGAUGGCCACCGAUGAGAACUUCAACAGUUUCGUGGGCAUUUGUUUCGAUAAUGCACUGGUGUGGAGUGCGCAUAUCACAGAUGCUCUCCUGAAAUGGGGGUGCAGCGAAGAGCCCACAGAGACAGGCUUCAACAUUGCGUGCGGGACCGAGCUAAAUUUCUGGGAGCAUAUGCGCGCCGAUAAAGGCCUGCAGGAGCGCUUCAGCAAGGGGCGUGCCUAUCUCUCUGCAAACUUCAGUAAGGUGGCUGGUUCGGCGGGUGAAUUCGACUGGGGUGGGAUUGGAGAGGCUGUUGUUGUCGAGAUAGGCGGAUUCCAGGGCCAUCUCAGCGUUGGGCUCGCAAAGAAACACCCCACCUUGAGAUUCAUAAUCCAGGACACUCAGGAGGCAUGUGAGCAUGCACAGGAGUCACUUCCAACCGAACUCAGCCAGCGUAUCCAGUUCGAGCACCAUGAUCUCUUCCAGCCCCAAUCCAUCCGCCACGGGAAAGUAGUAUACCUCCUACGCUCCAUUCUACAUGACUGGAGCGACAAGUAUGCAGCCCAUAUCCUACGGGCGAUUUGCUUAGCAAUGAAACCAGAUGAUCGUCUGAUCAUGUGCGAGAAGAUUUUGCCCGAAAUCGGAACUGUUGGUACUUUCUCUGGGCGGUUUCCACGGGCGGCUGAUAUGCAGAUGUGGGCUACGUUUAACGGUAAGGAGCGCACACUGGCCCAGUUCCAGGAGUUGUUUGAACAGGCAAAUCUGCCGUUACAGGUCCUCAACAUACAUAGCCCUAUUGGAAUCGGGCUCUCGACUCUUGAGCUAUCGCUAUCUCAGUAA